GUCUCUCUGUCUCUCUCUGUCUCUCUCUCUCUCUCUCUGUCUCUCUCUCUCUCUCUCUGUCUCUCUCUCUCUCUCUCUCUCUCUCUCUCGGAGGUCUAAGAACAACUAAACGGGGUCCCGGGGCUCGAACUCGGGUUCUCAGGCCUUUGCCAGAUGAGCUGCCCUCUUCUAGAAGCGAAACUGCACACGUAGCUUCUUGGCGCCUCUAAAGCUAUGCACACGCACACAAGGGAAGAACGAGACGCGAGCCUUCUCCCUGUGACAGCCUGGGAUUUCUUCCUCACACUGUCUCGGCUCCCAGCCGGUCUAAGAACCAAAAACUUGGGUCUCAUAUUUCCGGGGGACACUCUUGCGCUGCUCACACCCCCUUGGUUUCUCUUGUGUGAACCAAUAGAAACCACGGUCAAUGGUAGUGGAGAGUCGCUGGGCGCACUGCCAGUCACGCCGCGAAGGGGCGGGACUUCCUCCCGGAACUUGAAGCGGUGCAGGGAGGUCGGGCAAGGAGCUGGCUGGUUGGAAAUUCAUGUGGCGCGGGCUGAGUGCCCUGGCGACGCGGGCGGCGCGGGCGCCCCGCAGGUGGGUGGGACAGACCCGCUGUCACGGCGGGGGCGCUGCUCUAGGCCCCGGGGCAUCCCCGGGCGACGUUCCCUCGGUCCUUCACUCCGAGGCUCGGCGUCCGGGGUGCGCUUACUCGUCUACUUCCCGGCCCCCAGACUGUGCGCACGCCGGAACAGCGGCGCCGGGUCCUGGACCCCCGAGAGCACCAUCUUCGCGCUCAGCUCCGGCCAGGGCCGCUGCGCCAUUGCUGUGAUCCGCACCAGUGGCCCGGCCAGCGGGAUCGCGCUCCGCAGCCUCACGGCGUCCCGGGAGCCACCUCCGGCCCGCAGCGCCCGCCUGCACCUUCUCCGCCACCCGCUCUCCGGGGAGCCGCUGGACCGCGCGCUCGUCCUCUGGUUUCCAGGCCCCCGGAGUUUCACGGGUGAGGAUUGCGUGGAGUUUCACGUGCACGGAGGUCCCGCGGUGGUCAGCGGCGUCCUGCAGGCGUUGGGUAGUGUGCCAGGACUGCGACCAGCUGAGGCUGGGGAGUUCACCAGAAGGGCAUUCGCCCACGGAAAGCUGAGCCUGACUGAAGUGGAGGGACUGGCCGAUCUGAUCCACGCAGAAACUGAGGCCCAGCGGCGCCAGGCCCUGAGGCAGCUGGAUGGGGAGCUGGGCCAACUGUGCCGAGGCUGGGCCAAGACCCUCACCAAGGCUCUGGCCCAUGUAGAAGCCUAUAUUGACUUCGGAGAGGAUGGCAGUUUGGAAGAGGAUGUGUUGGAACAGGUGGACAGAGACGUUCAAACCCUGGAGGCUGCACUGGGUUCCCACCUGCGAGAUGCCAGGCGUGGUCAGAGGCUCCGCUCGGGGGCACACGUUGUGGUCACUGGACCCCCCAAUGCGGGCAAGAGUAGUCUGGUGAAUCUUCUCAGCCAGAAACCCGUGUCCAUCGUGUCCCCAGAGCCAGGGACCACCCGAGAUGUGCUGGAGACGCCUGUGGACCUGGCUGGCUUCCCUGUGCUGCUGAGUGAUACUGCUGGGCUGCGGGAAGGCGUGGGCGCGGCUGAGCAGGAGGGCGUGCGAAGGGCUCGCCAGCGAUUGGAGCAGGCUGACAUCAUCCUGGGGGUCCUGGAUGCCUCCGACCUGGCCUCCCCCUCCUGCUGCAGCUUCCUGGACACUGUGGUGGCCCCACUGGCAGCGCAGAGCCCCAGCAGCGGCAGACAGCGCUUCCUGCUGCUGCUCAACAAAUCUGACCUGCUUCCCACUAGUCCCCCGGCCAGCGACACUGCCUUAUUAGGGAUGCCGCACCUGCUGCUGUCCUGCCUCACCGGAGCUGGGCUGGGCGGCCUCCUGCAGGCCCUAAAGACCGAGCUGGCUGCCGUGUGUGGGGACCCAUCCACGGGACCACCGCUCCUGACCCGAGCUAGGCACCAGCAUCACCUCCAGAGCUGCCUGGAUGCCCUGGGCCACUACCAGGCAACCACAGACCUGGCCCUGGCAGCCGAGGCCCUGCGUCGGGCUCGGAGGCACCUGAGCUACCUCACAGGAGGAGGAGGCACUGAAGAGGUCCUGGACCUCAUCUUCCGGGACUUCUGUGUGGGCAAGUAAGGGUCAGAGCUGGAUGGGACCUAGGGCCUCAGUUCCCACUGAUGGCAGCAGAGAGCAGGCGAGCACUUGGGGUCCCCGGCCCUCAAGCCUGUUCCCUCCACAGUGAGCAGGAGACAGGCCAGGAGUCCCAGGAUGGGUACCCCUCGUCUGCUGAGAUUAAGGCCUUCUCACCAUGCCAAGUUUACAUAGUGCUAGAGAUGAAAUUCUUGCCAUGCCCCAGCUCCUCACAGGGGCUCCAACCCUGAACCACGCCCCCAGCUUCCCACUGGGAGACUCUAGACAGGGGCUCCACCCUGAGCCACGCCCCUGGCUUCAUAGUUUUUAAAUACCACAGGAGCAUGAAGAGUUUGGGUGGUCCAGAAAUGUCAGUUCAAGAGGACCAGUCAGCCUUACCUUCGAGAAGUUUGCCUCUGUGUUCUCUCUAUGACGUGUCAUAUGUCAAUCUCUCAUAUGUCAAUCAAAUAUAUUUAUUUA